AGCGGGAGUUCCCAAGUGUGUCUCUACUUCUCCUGCAUGCGGAUUAAUCUGCUUAUUGUAGAAUAGAUCUAGGAUUUUGUCACUAGCAGUUACGGCAUUAUCAAUUUGAAGUCAAUCAGAAGCAGGGAUGACGACGAGGAGCAGUGCAGCAAAGAAAACGGCGACCAAAAUUAUGGUAGAUGACGACGAUGAUUUCGUGGACAAGAUUCCAAUAAUACAGACCAGGAAUUUAGUGAAAACCACCGCAGGGCGAGUGUACAGAAGGUUGUGUGAUGAAGAGAUUUUGGUAGGGAAAACAGGGCUUAAGGUCACCUGUUUUUGUAAUCUUUGUGUUGGUUCGACUACUGUUAAGGGUGUGGUUAGUGCUUCAGAGAUGGCUGAACUGAAGAAUUCCGCUUUUGGUAUUUUCUUCAAACUUGGGAAAAUUAAAUGGGUCAAUGGUCAGUUGUUGAUUUUAUUAGCUUUAAAUCAUGUGGAGCCCAUUAAUAAGAGUGGAGAGGUUGAUAGACUAAACUUUCACAUUGGAGAUAGGAUAGUGGAGUUUAAGAAGACAGAUUUUGCAUUGAUUACUGGGUUGAGGUUUGGAAGGGAGAGUAGGUUUGAAGAUAGUGACCUGGCUAAGGCAAACGACAUAAGCACAAGGUACUUCAAUGGGAAAAUGAGCGUGAGUCGUAUAGAAGUUGAAAAUGUGUUCAAAGGUAUCGCGAAUAGAAGAGAUAAGGAACAGUCGGAUGCUGUGAAAUUGGCUUUACUGAACAUCAUUGUAAACCAUGUGGUCGGUAACCAAGGGUUGACAAAGAUUCCAGCACUGUACAUGCAUCUUGUUGACGACCUAGACCGAUUCAAUAAAUUCCAGUGGGGAGAGCAUCUGUGGAAUGACAUGGUGGAAAGCUUACGCAAAUGUUCAUCAAUACUCAACACGGGAGAACAUUGCCGAUUUACAUUUCCGGGCUUCCUAUUUCCACUACAGAUUUGGGCGUUUGAGACUUUCCCUGCUUUGAAAGAAAAUGAAAUAUGUGUUGUGGGAGUGAAACGGAGCAAAGUGUGGCCAAGGGCAUUACGAUGGGAGACAGGGGUGCGCCCAAUGCAUGACCUACUGGAGGGUUCAAUUUUCGGCACGGAAGAGGAAAGUGGUCAAUGGGAUGAGAUGGUUGCCACGACAUCGGAGAAAGCGAUGGAGAAGAUUGCA